UUUGACACAAAGUGCAUGGCUUUGCUGGAGCCUGGCCUGCUCUGCAUGAUAUGUUUACUAUGUUCUCAGUGUGGCCCUGGAGCUGAGUGUCACCUCAGUAGGACAGUGGCUGCAGGACAGGGCCUUGCUGGGCUGGCACCCACCGUCCUGGCCCCUGGGGGCCCUCGGUGUGGUGCUCUGUGUCUGCCAAACCAAAGGUUCCUCACCCCAUACACCAUUGGGAAGAUCAGUCUUCUGACGACACAGAGCCAGUUAUUACAGUCUGAAUGGAUUCACAGCUGGCUUCUCAGAUGUUAUGAAAAACCUCCUCCUGGGCUUAUCAAGGAGGAUGAGACGAAGCCGGAAGACUGUAUACCAGAUGUGCCAGGCAAUGAGCAUGCCCGGGAAUUCCUGGCUCACGCGCCAACCAAAGGGCUUUGGAUGCCCCUGGGGAAGGAGGUCAAAGUUAUGCAGUGUUGGCGCUGUAAACGGUAUGGUCACCGAACGGGCGACAAAGAAUGCCCUUUCUUUAUCAAAGGCAACCAAAAGUUAGAACAGUUCAGAGUAGCACAUGAAGAUCCCAUGUAUGACAUCAUCCGAGAGAAUAAAAGACACGAAAAGGAUAUAAGGAUACAGCAGUUAAAGCAAUUGCUGGAGGAUUCCACCUCAGAUGACGAUAGCAGCAGCUCCAGCUCCUCGGAAUGUAAGGAGAGACACAAGAAAAGGAAGAAGAAAGAAAAGCAUAAGAAAAAGAAGAAAGAAAAGAAAAGGAAGAAGAAGCGAAAGCAUAAGUCUUCCAAGUCAAGUGAGAGCUCGGACUCGGACUGACAGCCGCUCGGCUUGUCCGCGUUCUCGUCUCAGAAUCACACACUGUGGCCGAGAACAGGGGGCCUGGAGUCGGAGAGGGGACACCAAGGAGCACAUCGGUGUCACACACACGAGUGACUUCUCACCUACCUUCCAGGGAAGCUGUGACCCCCGAGAGGGACUGUGUCUUCCCAGGUGCCAGCUCUGGACGGCGCUGAGGUCGGCAGGACGGGCCCUCCCGGUCCUCCUCCUGCUGGUCACUGUGGCCUGCGAUUCCUAGGAAGUCGGGGUGGCCGGACUAGAGCCUCUGAGGACACUCCUCCAGGGCUGCCACCUCCACAGCAAGGCUGCUGAAUUCCCAGGCUUCAGGCUCCACUCUUGUCUGUUGUUGAAGAUAAUAAAAGCUCAUUAUUUAUUUUUCAAA